AUGAAGACCUGGACCUUGGUCCUCUCAGUAGGAAUUGUCUGCGGCCUGGCAUUUGGAUCUUUAUAUGGCCCCCCGGAUUCUUGCAAAGGACGAUGCAAUGAGAAGUACAGCCCUAGAGAUGUUUGCCAUUGUAACAGAAAAUGUGAGAAACAUCAGAACUGCUGUGAAGACUACCACAUCCACUGCAGAACAGCUAAUGCAGACAAUAAUGAAAGCAGCACCGUAUCUGCUGAGGGAUUUUCCAGACAUGAUGAUGUUAUCAGCAAUGAAGAACUGCAGAAAACAUCAGAGCAGCUUUACCAGGGUGACUACAACAGAGCAGAGGAAUCCGAUAUCAUCCUUAACAAGCAACACUUAGCUUCAAACACCAGGGACCAUGAAGAUCAGUCCCCCAAACCGCUCUUCAGUUAUGUCAAUCAGGAGAAGCUUUUUUCCAAGCCAACUUAUGUCAGCUUCAUCAAGCUCCUGGACAACUAUCAUAAAAGGGUCGGGACAGAGGAAGACUUCACUGCAGAGCAACUGGCAGAGCAGGAUACCUUCCUUGAAGAGGUCAUGAAGACGGAGGUCAUGAAGGACCUUUACAGGUUCCUUCACAGCAAACACCGUUAUAGUACAGAGCCAGAGUUCGUUGCUGACCUCAAGAAGAUGUGGUUUGGCCUUUAUUCCAGGGGUAAUGAUGAAGGCGACUCCAGUGGCUUUGAGCAUGUUUUUAUAGGUGAAGUCAAGAAAGGGAAAGUAUCUGGAUUCCACAACUGGAUUCGUUUCUACCUCCUGGAGAAACAGGGUGUCAUUAACUAUUUGAGUUACAACUAUGAUGGCCCGUGGACCUCCUAUCCAGAUGUACUGGGGAUGCAAUUCAAUUGGGAUGGAUUUUACAAAGAGGUUGGAACAUCCUUCAUCGGAAGCAGUCCUGAAUUUGAAUUUGGCCUCUAUUCACUGUGUUUCAUUGCUAGGCCUGGGAAACUGUGUCGCCUGAAAAUUGGGGGUCAUGAUCUGGGGAUCCAGACCUAUACCUGGGAUAAAUCCAGCUAUGACAAUGGCAAAAAGUACAUAGCCACUGCUUAUGUGGUAUCCCCGUGA